CAUUACCUCCCCUUUCCCCGUCUCUCGCUCGUAGCGUCUCACGAAGAAAAACACUAUCAAGCUCCCACCACGCCGCCACCGUUCUCUUCUGGCUUGCAGCACCUCCCAGAAAGAGAAGGACAGCGACGGUGGCUGGGUGAUGAUGUCAUCUUGGAGCUGCAGUUAAAAUUUGGGUCAUUUUGGAGCUGGUAACAAUGUAGAUCAAUGUUGAAGCAGAGAACGAAGUCAUGGGAUCAAAGUUUCAGAAACUACUACUGCUAACACACUUUGAAUGAAGUUCUUACCAUGGUACAGCUGAUUAAAUACAUAAAUUAAGUGUUACAUUUCCCCUCUUCACGGAACUGGAAUUCCAAUAAGUUGAAGUGUUAGUUUAAUGAAUCCGUAGACAAUUGUAUUUAAAAAGCAAGAGUAGUUAUAAUGCAUGUAAGUUUGGAUGUCAUCCUUCAUCAAUAUUGAUAAGACAUCAACCAUCAUUAUUUAUUCAGCCUAUGAGUUUUCAGUAAGUACAGAAUGAACGCCGAACCAUGCAAAAUUUUAUACUCCUUUCUGAAAACACUAAAGAAGAAUUAACAUGAUAAGUGCAUCGUUUACUAAUAUCGGUGUUUCUCUUAUUUGAGAUCACUAGAAGUAGUUGGGAUGAUAAACCUUCUCUGGCUUAAGAAAUAAGAAUGGUACCGAUUGCUGAUAUUGAGUUGUAGUUGUGUUCAUUUGAUGGCAACUUAUACAGAACCAAUUGUAGUUUAUUUUCUCACAUUUGCUGAGUGCUAAAACCUUCGUAGAUCAUUGCCUACAAAUUAAUGAAGCUUGUGCAUGAUUUAAUGAAGUACUAGCAUGUUUUUCCAAAUGUAGCUACUUUUCUUUCUAGCUGGAAAUCAUCCAGGCCAUUAAGCUCAAUAAUAAAACCUUCAGCGUGUCAGAACUAUCUACAUAGACAGAUUUAUGUUGGUAAGAAUUCACAAUUUGUUUUCCAAAUCCAACUCCAAAAUAAAAAUAAAAACAGGAACAAAUUCUGAUGACUGAGGAGAUGCUUAUUUCUUCAUGUUCCCGCUUCCCAUAGAGCCACAGUGCUAAAUUUCAGUUCUGAUUUUGUCUACGUAGCUUUUUGUUGCAGCUAUGGGGUUGUUCGCUCUAAUUUAUUUUUUCUGUUGUUUAGAUUCGAUUAUACAUCAGGGUACUGAGUUUAACCCAGACCAUAUUCUUUAGCCUCUUGUAAACAUUCUAUAGAUGGGAGACGUGUGUGAUUGUCCUUACAUCAGUUCCAAUUGUAAGGAUCUUUUAGUGAGCGCAUAGUGUAAUAACUAAUAAGCACUAUCAACCUUUUCCUGUUAGGUAGUGCAAAAUUACUCCACGGGCUCUUGCUUCUCUCCCUUCCCCUGUUUUGUUUUAUGACUCUGGGAUCCCAUGCCACGCAGCCAUGGGUGAUGGCAUGCCUUCUCCAAUUGGGGAGGGCGGUAGCGGCGGCACUGCACGCACGUCUACUUCCAUGGUUUCAUCCUAUUCUUAGGUGACCUCAGUUUAGACACAUAUCAUUGGUGCCCAACCCCCUUCUCUGGUAAUAUCCUCUCAGCAGAAUUAUAUAGAUCAGGAUAGAACUGCUCUCUGUGGCUGUAUAUUUAUUCAUUUUGACCAACGGGGAAUUCAUAUAGUGGCACAAAAAGGGACAAAAGGGUUGUUAUAGAGCCUUGGUAUCACUUAGUACAGUGUACUUUUUGUAUUCACUGUAUUUUCAACAAGUCUAACUUUCUACUUCAGAUAUAGGUUUCUUUUUUGGGAUUUUUAUUUCUGUGCCCCCCAAAGCUUAGUUGUGCUCAGUUUUGUCAAGGCCACAAAGCAAUGCUCGCUUCUACACUCGGCUCCUUUUUCGAGUGCUCACUUUUGUCAUCACGGAGCACCUCCUGAUGGUCAAACAUGCUUGACCAUUUGCUCCGGACGAGUGGGGCCCGAUUGUGCGUCGACGGGUGGGACCGAUGGUCGCUGCUGACUUGUGGGCGCCAAGGAAGCCGAGGCAAUUUCUGACAUGGGGGCCGACGAAUAGCUUUCGAUCGGUGAGGCGGGUCUCUUCCGACUGGUGGGGCAUAAUCAACAUGUGUGCGUUUUCUUACAAGUUUACCGAGUAAAAAACUGACAUGUCGGACGGGACUUGCUACAGUAUAUAUAUGCGGACAGGUAGGUCCUGUGGACUCAACUUACUAGUGGGACCAAGAAAUUGCCAUGUAGAUUAAUCUUACAUGUGGGCCAGCGUAUUACCCAUUCGUUCCCAAAUCCGGAUCCGGACCGAGCAGGAGCAACUGAACCGUAGCCCGCCGUUGCCGCCGACCAUUCGGAAGGGCAGGUGAGCAAAGCAGAGUUAAGCGGGCGCACCUACCCACAGUCUCCUUUGCCAUCUAGCUUUCCACCCAUCUACCUUUCCUGACGCCAAAGCCCACCGGGAUCUGUUUGAGGAGGAGCUUGGGGGACGCAGUGCCAGCGGUUGGUAUGGCGAGGACGAAGCAAUGGAAAGCAUGCAAGAGGGGAGCGGCUCGGCCAGCGCGGCCCGUAGCAGUUACAAUGGGGAAGAUUGGGUCCAACCGGGCGCACAUGAAUCGUGGAUUCCUCACGAGUAAGUUACGAGAAUCCCCCACCACUGCUACGAUAGAGCUAACUCAGUAGAAACACUAAGGUUCGUGCGUGAAUGCUUACAAUGGCUGGCAUAACCUUCAGCCGCGUAACCCGCUCUCUUUUAUUUGAUCGACUAGGAUUGAUCCAUCGACUGCUUUUCGGCUGGCAGUUUUUAUGGAAACUAGAAUUUUGCAUGGAACUAAAGCACAUCUACUGUCCAAAUUUUGCUAUCCAAAGGUGGUAGAGACUAGCACAUCAUUCGAUGAUUUUUGGAAUUCACCAUAUUCUGCAUAUCCCUGGAGCUAGGAAGAUGCAGUUGACUUCAGAUAUUUCAACACUACCGAGCAAAGAAUUGAGCCUCUAACUUGCGAUGAACAUCUCGGAGUUCUAUUUGGUUUGAAUACUGUCUCCCGUUUCGGUAAAAUUCAAGUCGAUGUGCUACAGCCACGCAGAGAAUGGCAGAAGCAGUCAGGAGAUGGGGGCAGGAUUACAGUUACACUGUGUUUGGAUGUAAGAAUUGGAGACUGGAAUUGCCCAUCCGGAAUUUGAAGAGCCGAAUUCCAGCGUUUGGAUGUUCCUGGCAUUCGCGCGCGGCAUUCCAAACCAAUUCCGAGUCUCCUCCCGCGCGCCUCCACUUACUUUCCUGCGAUACCAAGGGGUUUCACUCGGUUUUGGUUGGAAUUGGCUCCCGCGUACCGGUUCGAACAGAACAAGAGACAGAGCGAGCGAGGGAGGAGAGGAGAGGAGGAGAAGAGCACGGAGCCACUCGCCCCGGCGGCGGCGACGAUGCAGAAUUCCCUGAAGAAUUGGUACCACGUGAGGCUUAUUGGAGCUGCACCAUGUCUAAACUAGACUUGGUUGCUUAUAUUACUGAAGAGAACAGAAGAAGAAAGAGAAAAAGGAUAUUGUUGACAAAGGCUUAUUUUGAGAUGUCAUGUCUAGCUCUAGCUUAUCUUAGUAUGCAGAGGGCACCAAGGAAUUUAGGAUGCUUUAAUGAUUAUGAGCAUAGGUGUGGUCUUAGGAAAUAUCUACUGAAAGAAAUGUACGAUGGGUCCGAUGUAACCUGCUAUGAUGAGCUACGCUUAACCAAAAGAAACUUCCAUGAUCUUUGCACUUUGUUGCGUGAGAAGUGUGGUCUCAAAGAUAGCAUAUAUGUGACUGUAGAAGAAAAGGUUGCCAUGUUCUUACUAGUUGUUGGACAUGGUCUUAAAAUGAGAUUGCUGCAUGGCACCUACAAGCGGUCUUUAGAGACUAUCAGUAGGCACUUCUGUACUGUGUUAUCAGCCAUCCUAUCUCUAACUAACGAGUUCAUCAAGCUUCCCGAUCCUUCAAUCCCCCCUCCCAAUGAUUACAAAUGGAAGUGGUUUGGCAAUGCACUUGGAGCACUAGAUGGGUGUCAUGUGGAUGUUAUGGUUGAUGUUGCUGACCAAGGGAGGUAUAGGAAUAGAAAGCAAUCUAUCACCACUAACAUGCUAGGUGUGGUUGAUUGGAACAUGAAAUUUCUAUAUGUUCUGCCUGGCUGGGAGGGCUCAACUUCAGAUUCGAGAGUGUUGUGUGAUGCCAUGAGACCCAAUCGCCAAGAUGCAUUUGUUGUACCUAAGGGAAAAUUCUACUUAGUUGAUGCUGGCUACACCAAUGGACCUGGAUUUCUAUCUCCAUUUCGAUCCACUCGAUACCACUUGAAAGAGUGGGUUUCAAGUCAACAACAACCCCACACAGCCAAAGAGUUGUAUAACUUGCGUCAUUCUCGUGCUAGAAAUGUUGUAGAGAGAACUUUUGGCUUGUGGAAGAAAAAAUGGGCCAUCCUACGUACUCAAUCUUUUUUUGACAUAAAGGACCAGACUCGAAUUAUUAAUGCUUGUUGUGUGUUACACAACUUUACAAGGGAUAGGCAGCAUGUGAGGGAUAACUUAUUGCUGCCUGAAGUCGAUGCUGAACUAGCAGCUAUGCCAGUUCAACCUGUAGAUGAUUCUAUGGUAAUUAGAACUGUGCAAGUCACCGCUGAAUGGACCAACUAUAGGCAGCAAUUUGCUAAUGACAUGUAUGCUGAGUACCUUGUGAGACAUGCAGAACUAGAGAUGGAGUAGCUAACUAGUGAUGGAGUAGAUAGCUAGCUGAAGGUGACCUUUUUUGUGCUAGCUCGGUGAUGGUGCCCAACUUUUGUGUGGUGGCUUGCUGAUGGUGGCUUUUAUGUGAUAGCAUAGCUGACCAUGAUGGUGUCUUUUGUGAUACUUUGUACAUGCAUCAUCUUGAAAUUAAUAUAUAUGCUGCUUUAUCAUA